AUGCGAUUACAUAAUUAUGAAGUACCAUGUGCUGUAUGCCGAACUAGCCAGUUUUCUACAGUAUUAAUGAUACCAGCUAGAUCAGAAUGUUAUCAAGGCUGGCAGAAAGCAUACCAUGGAGAGUUAGUCAGUGGGUAUUAUGAGCAUAAUGCAGCGUCUCAAUAUAUUUGUUUAGAUGAUAACCCACACAUCAGCGGCACAAAAAGUGAUAAAAAUGGUAAACUAUUAUACUGGGUGAGAGCAUGGUGUGGAUCACUACCAUGUCCUCCCUAUGAAAAUGACGCACUUCUUACAUGUGUUGUCUGUUUGAAAUAG